UAACCCUUUCCGAUAUUUGAGGUUACGUUAUGGUCACGUGUAGUGAAUCUACCUGCACGAGAUUCGAUGUUUGUGGAAACAAUUCUCAGUGUUAACGUUGUUUUUUGAUUGACGAUCAGACCAGGCGCCAUCUCCCUCAAUAUCGUCGUGUCUGCCGAUAGAUUAUUGAUUCGAACAAUCUGUCUAUUGAUAACCUUUUUUUAAUUCUCUCAUUCGUAAUCACUACCAACCUGCACCUACGAGUCGGUGACUCUUGUAAAAUUUGCUAGACAAUCUAAAACAAUAGGAGACAAUAAAAUCUAGGUUGUUUUGAACUGUCGUUACAAACUAUCUUGAGUCAAACAAUCUAUGUAGUACCAUAAAGAGCCCAUGAUCGUCAAUCGAGUAAUUUUACAAUAAAAAUUCCUCUCGUCAGUGAACAACCGACAUAACCUAUAAACGUAAAAACCAUGAUCACAAGUAUGCUCGAGGAUAUUCAUCAAGUUGCCAAAAGCUCAGAAACGACAGUGUGAACGCAAUACUGAUGUUUCAUGGGAGUUUAUACCCAACGAAGAUGGCAGCACCGGUCUGGAGAGGAUCAGGUCGAAUGCAACGAGGAAAAUAUCGAUGCGGACAGGGACACCUAGGGGGUUUAAGCAAAAGUAUCUCAGUGACCGGUUCUUCUUGCGUUGUAUCGAACAGUUAAACAAUAAACAAGAACGAGGAGGAAAAUUAGCUAGAAAACAGAGGCAGAACAAAAAAGAAGAGGAUUUAUAAUCUGUGUAAAUAUCUUGUGAUACAGUGCUCGGGGUCCCGUGGUCAACUUCGUACGGUGGUGGACGUGACGAACGAAGGUACCUCUAGCUUUUGGUACAGUCCGCGCGAAAAGGCCUCGGGCUCCUACCGUGUUUCUCCUCGCGGUCGGCUAGACCGCGGAAUGCCUAGUGCCCCGUGUAACUGCACCACCCGUGAUCUCGAUGUUACUGCAUGACCUGGACGGCCUGAAAUCGGAGACUCACGGCUAGGACUGCGUAUAAUGGCGUUGUCCUCGGCAGAGAGCACCGUAGUCCUCCAAGCUAAAGCUUCGCCGGGGACCAUUGGAGGGUCGUUUGAUAAAGUUACUGUAAAACAAGAGCGUCCAGAUGAAGCGGAAAUCAGGGAACUGGCUGCCAAAAUGGUGGAAGCGAACAAGGCGAAAAUGGCUGGGAUGCCGGGUUCACAGCAGAGACCAGGUCUUGGAAUACAACCCAACUUACCCGGCAUCCUCGGCUACCUCAGCAACACGAAGAGGCCGGCGGAUUCGUCGGCAGUAAAGUCACCAAGCAUAGAUGGCAAGGUACCCUCGGACGACGAGAGUCAACGAGGUCGCUUCGGAUGGACCAGCUUUGGCAAAUGUCACAUACCGUACAUAUUUCGUGCCAAUGAGAAGUACUGCGCUGUACGAAUCCUAGAGUGUAAGCUACUGAACAAGUACCUGAACUACCUCCACUCGGAUAUCUACAGCUGCAUGUGCAUAAGGAGUUACUACAUCACGGAGGCAGAAAGUAAACUCUUCAACGAGAUCAACGUGAAGCAUUGCGACACUCAGUACGGCAGGGAGCCCUUUACUUGUAAGGACCUGGUGGUGCGACUGGACGACGCCAAGGAGUUCUACAUGUUCUUGGACGUCUGUUAUACGAAAUUAACGGCAGGCACUGCUCAAAACGUAUCGCCGGGUCAGAAAGUAGAGAAGUGCGGUUUCAUUCGCAUAAACAAGGAAUCCGUGGUUCCCUAUACGGUCAAGAAUAAUCUCAAGUACGUCCCGUUGUUUUACUUUGAGGGCGAGACCGACAACCUCAAGCUCAAGGCCGAGAAGCUCGAAGGUUGGGAUCUCUCUUACUUGAAGUUCUGCUGCAAGGUACAGGGUAUACGUAACGAACUCUUUGCAAGUGAAACGUGCUCCGUUAUCAGUUUGAGCGACAUUAAGAGCUACUUCCCACCGGGUACCGGAUUCGAGGAUUAUUGGCCGAGCAAAGUCAUGGACUCGCAGUUGUUGGUGAACAGUAAAGGUGGCGGAAGCGGUGGCGGAUGGAUUAAGCAACCACCAACGCCACCUUUGACAAAGUCGAAUUCGGUGCAAAAUAACGCUAUUAAGUCUACGUUGAGUGCGCGGGGUGGGACGCUGCAGACCACGUUACCUAGGGUUGCUGGAGCUAAUACAACGAUACAGAGGGUUGGACAACCAAGGCCCGUUGUCACUACGCAUCCGGCACACUCAUCACCUACGGCUGUUCCUUCGAAUAAGACGAAUCCAGUUGCGCAGCCUCUUCUCAAUCCUGUGCAAGCUGCUUGUAACGGAUGGAACGGACUCGUUGGGGGACAGCCUACCUUUCAGUCAGCACUUGUCUCUCAGCCCAAUCAAGUUAUACGAAUGACCAAUGCAUCCCUUAACAUGCAUAAUCAAUUACCCGCCGCGAACAAGAACUACUUGCAGCAGCCUAGGAAUAGAGGGGGUGGUAGCGGAGCAGCGUCACAGUAUCCAGGAGUUUACCCGGUGACUACGAUGCAAGCCGCUGCUCAGGCCCAACCACCCCCUCUGGUCAGAGCAACCGCCCACUCGAGUCAGCCUAAUAUUGGUUAUCCAACCUAUGGGAAGGAUGACUGGGUGUCUACUACGUACACGACGCCUAGUCUGGGCGUACCAAGUGCCGUGAGUGCGAGCACCUAUCCUCAAAUGUAUGGUUUGAGCGUCGAGCAAGUACAAGCCCUGAUGCCGCCACCGACGUCAGCCUCAACCUUACUGACACAUCCGCCGAGGCACACGCCUCCUGGACAUAAUUCGUCACAUGUAAAAUAUCCACCGCCACUCAUACCCGUGAAUGGCAAUAGUAAUAAUUCCAGGGACACCAGAGUGAGAAAGCCUUUGAUACAAAUUGCGGAUACACCGUCGUCAGGUUGUGUUCUGCCGUAUCAGGUCCAAAAGGCGUUGGUCUUGGACAAAAUGGUACCUUGCAUCAACGCUAAACCGUACAGCUACUCGGAGUUGUUGAUGACUCUACCUGAUUUUGUAUCCCAGUAUUUCCCGGGCUGCGACAUCAACAGUUGUCGGCAGGGUUUAACAGAUGUUCUAGGGGUUGAAUUGUAUCGGGGAAAUAGACAACAGAUGAAAAUGCUCAUGGAGGCGGGUAAGUGCUCGUCUCUGAACGAAGAUCUGCCACUGAUUCAAGUGAGGAGUAUAAUGAAUUACAUGCCCCAGUUGAAGUACAUUGUCAAUAAUCGAAACGUCGCGAUGUCGACGCCGGCCCACUCGUCCGAGGAGCACCCUGCCAAAAAGCGUCAGCGCACCAGCUAGGAUUGGCUAGAGCCUUACUGGCCCACAUACGAUUAUUAUCAUUCAGCAUUUUAAGUCCGAAAAAUAUGCGAGGGAUCAACGGCGCGAAGAGCUCGAGUGUGCUUGAAAGAAAAAAAGAAGAAAACAAGAUCCUUGUCUUGCUCACUGUCGGCACGAGAACGCACGAAUUCCUCGCCCGGGACAAUUAUGGAUCCGGUGGAGAAAGCUGAUUGGAGGACAGAAGGAAAGAGGGAAAUGACAAAAGAAACUUUCGUGUACGGUGCAAAGCCUCAAACACUUCCGGAGUCUCUCAUCUGCUAUACGACGUGAAAUUAGAAAAUAAAGAAAGGCGCGUUUUACAUCCGUGACGCGUGCUCUCUUAUUUUCUUUUUAUUUUCUCAAUCAGUUCUUUUCAAGAGGUAUAUAUGUAAAUAUUGUCUUCAGGAGUGGGAGGAGAUUAAAAAAAAGGAAAAGAGGAGAAGGAAAGAAAUACGAUAAGAAAUCAGAGGUGCGCACGGGCGCCUUUAGAUUUGGCAUAAUUCACGAUCGAGAUACAAUUAAAAUUGGCCUAUUCGUUCGUGCGGGAUUCAAGUUACCAGAUCAUUUGACACUUCCCAGUCGCCUUUGAAAUUCUCUUGGCGCACCUCUAUACACUUCUCAAUGCAUUCGUUUGUCUCUUGGCGAUUUCUUCUUUUUUUUAAAUGUCAUGUUAAUAUUCUCGUGAGACGUGGCAGGUGCAUGGAGUUUUUUUUUUUUAAGAUUCGGGAAAGAUAGAGACUCGGGCAUUCUUGUUAACGUAUGACCGGGUCGUUCAAUUUACGUGGACCACGCACAGAGGCAAAUUGAUCGUUACGAGAUACAAAUUUUCAUGAUUCGAGUCCUUUUGCAUAUCCGAACUGCGUUAGGGUUUUAAAUGAUUGGAGAUAAUGCCAGUUCAAGUUCCUAGAUAAUAUUCUAAUAAAAGAGAUGGGAUUAAUAGAGAUCCCUGUUACGGCUGAGUAAUAAUAAUAAUAAUAAUAAGUGCUUGAAAAACACCGAAGGUAAUUCGGAAUUACUCUUUUGGAUUGGGAGUUUUAAAAAAAAAAAAACAGAUUCAGUGCAAAUAGAACGUUAACUUCUUGUUUUACGAUUAUGGCAAUGGGAGAGCUAGAGGAAGGGAACGUGAUCCAGGCGCGAGAACUGAAUAAAAAAAUACCUUGUCUUUUCUUCUCUAAGUUUUUUUUCCAUCUCUUUCUUUUUUUUUUUUUCGCAAAUAUCGACAGUAAUGAAACCAUUCCAACGAUAGUAGCGUAUUUACUGGAAAAGAAGAGCGACGCUUUACGAGUGACCUUUCCAUAAAAAUUAUUCGGAUAGUUUGGAAGAGUUUGUUCAAAAAGAAAAAAAUAAUUUGGUGUUGAUUAUCCGAAAAGCGUGGAAUAGAUAUUGAAGAAAGGUGGAAACAGAAUGUAAAGGUAACUACAGCAAGUGAGUGAAAGAGAGAGGAGGGGAGAGGGGUGAUAAUACAAAAGUGUGGGUCGUAGGGCAUUUUUCAUAAUUUUUUUUUAAUUUCGCAAAAUCAAGGCAUUUUGCAGCUAUUAGGUAAUAUGCAAUGUUUACGCUUACUAAAGCAGCGUCUAGGGUGAGAAGUCAUUGCAGUUAAUUCCUUUCAGCCUAGGGAGAUGAUUGAUUUGCGAUAAUUUUUAAGUCAUUUUAUCGCGUACAGACACACAAGAAUUUAAAACGGUCUUUAUUUAUCGUACAAGAGUGCAAAGAUAUCGCCAAUAUUAUUAAUCUUCUAAUACAGAUUGAAAUAUUGUUAUUUAUAAUUUUUGAAACUGUUGGAAGAUUAUCUUGUUUCUCUAAUCUAGUUAAACGGUACGAUAAGUAAGUUUGGUUAUCGUUAUUUCCCUUUUGUUUGUGCGUUACAUAAAUUUGUAUAACGAAAAGUCAUUGACAACGCGAGAACUUGUAAGACGAUAAAGCAACAGCUGUUUACGGAGACUGAAACAAGAAAAAUCAUCCAACACCGUUGCAGCAACAUAGAAUACAGUUAGUCGAUUGUUUGUAAAUGUUGUUAUUUAUUAAAUAGAACUUAUCCGCGAAUUCGUAUUAAAUUGCACAAUUACUAUUUGAAACUUGGUGAUGAACAAACAGCGUGAAUUUGCGAAAACAAACAAAUUUACCUAUUACUUAAGGAGAUACGGUCGGUAAUGAAGAUCGAGAGGAAUUUAGAACACGGGGAAUCCCCGGAAUUCCUGUUAAUUUUAAAAUAAUGAAAAUCGUCAUUUAUGUUACGUUUAUUGGUUUGAUUGGCCACGGAACGUCAGUGAAUUGGAUCACGAAUGCAAAAUUAAAAAAUUCAUUCAUUCGUUAGAACAAUUAAAAUAAUUAAAACGUAUGCUUAACUCACGUAUAAGUUUUAUUUUUUUUUAUUCAUUGAAUUUCUGUUCACGUCACGAAAAGCGCAGGACGCCCGAGCCUCGACCGUUUUAUCUCUAAAGUGAAUCGAUAAAGGUUCUUAUAUUCUCUUUUCUUUUUUUUCUUUAUUCACUUCAUUCUCAUCGAUCAUCGCGUUAACAGAGCGUCGACACUGGGAGUCUUUGAGGAAAAGAAGAAAAAUAAAAGGGAACAUACAACAAGGCCUUUCUUCUUCUUCAAUGUACUUCACGCAAGAACAAGAAUUAAUGCAAAAAAGCGAAAGAAUAUCCCAUGCGUACAAAGAAGAUUAAAAAGAUAAAGCAAACACAGUUUAUAAUUCAAGAUGCGUCCGUACCAAUACGAGACUUAAAAAAUUCUUAAUGGUGAAAAAAAAAUGAAAGAAAAAAUAGAAUGCGGUCUUUCGUUUUGAGCCUGCAGUAUACUGUAUACGAGUACAAAAGUUACUUUAACGUGGAUUCAAGUGAGGCACAAGAUAUUAAUUACACGUGGAUGUAACAUUACAAAAAAAAAAAGAUCUCAACGUUCCUUUUUAAGGAAUGGGGUUAAUUAACGAUCACAAUAACGACUGCGAAUACGAAGAGAAUGGCGCAUAACUGUGACAAUGAGAUGAAAUGAAAGGAAAAAGAGAAAGGAAAAGGAAACAACAGAGGUUAUAAAACUUUUAACGUUCGUGUCUAAAAAGGAACAAGCUUGGAUUUAUACUAUUUGACUGAUACAAUUUUUUGAUGCUCGCUAAGGACACUGUAUAAAAGAAACUCUAGUAUAUAAAAAAAUAUAUAUAUGCUGGAAGGAUGUAUAUAAAGAGAAUAUAAUAUUGAAUUCGCGCUCCUCGGCUACGUGAAUUUUAUAUACGAAAAAGAAAAGAAAUUGAAAAAAUGGCUUAGGUAACCCUGUUACGGUGAAAAUGGUAUAUUUUAUUAUUUAUAAAUUGUAUUUAGUCGAACUGUGACUCGAAAGAUUCUAUUGCCAUGGAAAAGACUACACGAAGGACUGGCGUCUCUGGCUUCGUUAAGGCGUUUAUCACUUAUGCUGUGUACAAUUGUUUUGUUUUUCUUUUUCACGCUGAAAAAUCACGAGAAACGAAAAGCAAAAGUAUUUAAUAAGUAAUAAAAGAAAGCAUCUUCAUUCGAUAUUUAGAAACAGCUAUUUAUAUUGUUUAUAACAGUCACCGUGCGAAUCGUCAUUGGUUAAUUGAAGAAACGAAUGACUAAAAUGGUGUGAGGGGAUGAAUUAAAAAAAAAAGUAUAAAAAUUUCGUUAGUUAUCGUUUCAGGAUUCUCUUGAAUUAUUUUUUGUAUGUACUUCAGGCACCGUUUUGUGUACCACUAAAACUUCAUGAAUGCCCUUGCAUUAUUUAAUUCUUUAUUGUAGGUAAUACAUAUGUAACGAGAGAGAGAAAGAGAGAGAUAGAGAGUGGACAGCAAGAGAUAUUUAUAAAAAAAAAAGAAAGAUGUACGGAAAAAAAUGAGAAGAAAAUGUGAGCGCUACCGUUCCGUGUGUGUAUCUACUGAUGAAUCUCGAAAAAAAAAGAAAAUGAAAAAGAAAAGGCGUACCGGGAGGCCCCAGUCCAAAAACCUAGAAAUUAUUUCUAAGUACUAGAAUUUAGAGCAUUUAUUUGUUAAAACACUUGUUACGAUAAUACGUGUAUUAUAAUUUAUCAUACUGUCAUCUGUACAUAUAGCCUAUAAGGAUUAAUUAGAAAUAAUAGAUAUUUCAAAUAAAUUCAUGAUAUAACUGAAAA